ACGUCGUAUUGUACAAUUUACUGGAUAUUUCGUUGCAAUGUUACAAAACUAGUUGUUUUAUCGAGUUACAGAGAUUCGCAGUCAAAAGAAUAUAAUUCGCAAAGUGCAGCCAGUCAGAAAUGGCAGGUGUUGGUAGUGGAUGCAUUACUAUGGGCCACAUAAGUACAUAGUGCACACAUAAUUACUCUGCAAUUUUUUUAUUUAUGACUUACCGGAUCAAUAUAUUUUACCAUUGCGGGAUUUCAAGAAGAGCCAUAUUCCAUACAUAUUCCAUACAUAUUCUGUGUAUCUAUUCAGUACGUCUGACGGACCCAGGUAGUAGAAUCCACCGAGGAGAAAGAAAAUACCCGAUUUCGGAUUGGACUCGUGCAUGUAGGGAUUGUUUGACCCUGAAUUCAUGUGUUGGCUAAAAAGUGUAUCAGUUAAUCUGGAAAGUGAAGAGCCCUUGACUGAACUCGAUUCAGAGAAAUCUCAAGAUUUUAGAUUUUAGUAGUUGCAUGGAACGAGUGUUACCCUAAUUAAUUUAUAACCAGUGCAUGCAGUAAGUUUAUUUAACUUCUAUUCAGGAUCAGAGUUGUGAUAAUAAAUAGUUCCUUAAAAACUAAUUCUACAAUAGAUACAUUGGGAUAAAAAAACUGGAAUAACACAAUGGGAUAAACUAUGCCCACUGAGCAUACAUACAUAUAAUUGUGAUACUAUAAUCUCAAACAUUGAAACUUAAAUAAUCGCAUCUGAAAUUUAAUUUUAUUUCAAUCGAUAUGAGUACGAAAAGUGAUUCUGAAAUCGACAUGGAUGGGCCUGGCAGUUUUUGCCGGGCUCGAAACCCCACAGGAACUAACUCGCAGACUAACUCCAUGACAAGUCUUCAAAAAAUUAGUCUGGCAAUUACCGGUUCGAUGGAGAAGUUCUUUUACAGGUGGGGAUUUUUCGUGGCAACGCAUCCUCUCAAAGCAAUCUCGUGCUGUCUGCUGAUAACAUCUAUUUGUGGCUUGGGAAUUUUCAAUUUUACGAUGGAAAAUCGCCCAGAUAAAUUAUGGAUACCGAGGAACUCAGAGUUUGCUCAAAACACGGAAUGGAUUAGAGCCACAUUUCCGUCACCCAUCAGGACAAGUUUUGCCAUUGUCACUGCCGAUAACGUGCUGGUGCCUGAAGUGAUGCGUGUGAUUUUGAACAUUCACGAAAGAGUGAAACAAAUUGAAGUCACUGGAGGAAAAAAUUGGGAGUCGUUGUGUUACAAACUUCCCAUCACCAAAUUUUUGUCCAAGCGAAAAAGACGAUCAAUUGGUCAAGCAUAUCUCCACUCCAACAGCACUACAAAUUCUCACACUGGAUUACAAAUAUUAUCCAACGACUUUGACGACGCUUUCGAUGACGAAUUUUUCAGCGAAAAUUCCACGCUUAAACCUCAAACUAGUGAAUCUGGUUUUUCUCAGCUCUUCGUCGUUCCAGACGAAUUUUACUGUUCCAUUGUCAACGAAUUGGACGCAGCAUGCUGGGAGGUCAGCCCUGCCGAGUUGUGGUCCUUUGACAAAUCCCUCAUUGACAAUCUGACACAAGAGGAAAUCAUCCGAGUUGUUAACCACGAGCUCAUAAGCCCAAUAUUUGGGAGGAGUGUAAAUUACACGGCCGAGUUUGGAGGAAACAUAGUUCGGAACGACUUGGGGGAAGUCAUAUCUGCUGGAUCGGUCUUACUCAGGUGGUCCAUUGGCAUCAAUCAGACUCUUUUACAAGAGGGUCGAGUGGUCACUGAUAAAACCGGAGAAGUCGCAGAUGAUGACUGUCUCGAGUGGGAAUUAAAAUGGAUCGACCUCAUGAAAAAUAUUUCCAAAGACAUGCCUCCAGGAAUAAACACAUAUUUCGUAAACUCUCAAAGCUGGAUGGAAAUCAGUGAAGCCACAAUUUUAGAUGAUGGGAUGCAACUUGCCAUGGGCUUUAUUAUAAUGUUCUUCUACGUAGGAAUAAUGCUGGGCAAAUUUAAUGUAGUAGAACAAAGGCCGCUUCUAACAAUUGCUGGCCUGAGUUGCGUUGGACUUGCUUGUGUCGUUUCCUAUGGACUAUGCUCCUUGUGUUUUAUUGUGUACGGCCCGGUUAACAAAAUACUUCCGUUCCUGCUACUUGGAAUUGGAAUUGACGACAUGUUUGUGAUUAUGCAAUGUUGGAACAAUCUGUUUUCAUCUCCUUUGACUAACAAAAGCAAGCUGUCGAUCCCGGAAAGAAUGGGCAUGGCUAUGAAACAUGCGGGGGUUUCGAUCACGGUCACAAGUUUGACGGAUGUCGCAGCGUUCGGCGUGGGAGCAUCCACGAUAAUGCCUGGUCUGCAGUCAUUCUGUAUUUAUGCUGCGGUUGGGAUAAUUGCAGUUUUCCUGCUGCAAGCCACGUUCUUUGUCGCAUGUUUCGCUUUGGACCAAAAGCGAGUUGAAGAUAGAAGAAAUGCUUUCUUUUUAUGGAUCAAAUAUAAAGAAGACGAGUUCAUUCCAAAUUCUUGGAGCCAAGAGAGUUAUUUGCAAACACUAUUUAACAGAAUUUUGGCUAAAUAUUUGUUCACUCCAUGGGCAAAGAUCACUGUAAUUCUCAUCACGCUAAGCAUGCUGGGAGUAACGAUGUAUGGAAAUACCCUCCUCCGUCAAGAAUUUGACCCAAUGUGGUUCCUACCUAGUGACUCGUACAUGAGCAAAUAUGUUGAAAAGCGAGAAACUUAUUAUCCAGGAACAGGCUACCCGUCCUUUCUGGUUGCUAAUCAAGUAAAUUGGAGUGAAAGUUUUCAGAGCUUCGACCGAGUUUUAAAUGACCUGAAAUCGUCAGAUGCCAUCUACAAUCUGGAAAAUUGGUACGACGAUUUCAAGGAAUACUCCAAUGCAAAUUUCGAUACGAACAUUCCCAACAGACCUUUGACGCCAUCAAAGUUUCAAAAGUACAUGGGCAAGUUCCUGUACAGUCCUGCAGGAUCAAAGCAUCGCCCUUAUUUCAAAUCCGAUGGUAAUUUUUCGUGCGGAGAAAGUUUACCCCCACUAAAGACUGUAGUGAUGCCAUUUCGAUUUAGAAAGUUUAAUGGUCCACAAGAACACAUCCCUGCUCUCCGCAAAGUAAAAUCUUUGCUCAAGACUGCAAACAUGACUUUCAACCAUCACGAGAGCCCCAAAUUUUUCGUUACCGGCACUGGUUUAGUGGCGUGGGAGACUGACAAUAUAAUAAAUGCCGAGCUGUAUCGGAACGUGUCCUUGUCUCUGCUGUGCGUUCUAGUCACUACGUUUCUCCUAUUGGCAAACUUUAGGAUUUGCGCAUUUUGUGGGAUUUGCGUCGUACUCACACUCAUAAAUGUGGGUGGAUUUAUGCAUUUCUGGGGCUUGAGCAUAGAUACAGUAUCGACGAUUGACAUUGUUCUUGCAAUUGGGUUGUGCGUAGACUAUGCGACUCAUAUUGCUCUUGCAUUCAUGACAUGUACCGGAAGUCGAGAAAGUCGUGCAAAGCAGGCUUUGAAGAAUAUUGGUCCAGCCGUUUUGAACGGAGGGUUCAGCACAUUUUUAGCAAUUAUCCUCCUCGCCGGAUCAAAGUCCCAUGCGUUCCAAUCCUUUUUCAAGAUUAAAAUUCAGAUAUUCAGUGUCGUCAUUGUUUGUGGAUUAUUCCAUGGCCUGAUUUUUCUCCCCGUACUUUUGAGCAUUUUUGGGCCGGAACCGUAUCCAUUUGCAUAUUCCAGAGAUCACGAACUAUUUGACGCCUUUAAACCUCAAAAAGUAGUUGAAAUGAAACCACUUCAAAAUUCUCAAGUUCAAGUUGAAGUCAAAGACAGCAGUAAUGCAAACAAUCCUCUGUUUAGUACAAAUAAUAAUUUAGCACCCUUGUUACUUUGUUCUCGUGAAUUUGAGAGUCAAGUUCAACGCACACAACAGUGACAUACUUAUUGAUAUGCAUUGGAUUACGUAAAAGUAUUAAAUAAAUUUAUCAUGUACCGAUAAAAAAUUUGUUAGAAUAUUUCUCAAAUCAAGUAAUAGAUACAAUGAUGAACUAGUUUUACAUAUUUAUUUAGUACUCAAAUGCAUGUAUCAAAAUGAAUCUCGAUUGUUGACUGAGCUCAAAUAUAAAUGUGAUAGAAUAGAUUGUUACGAAUAAAUACGAUGAUCUAGCAAAAAAUGUUUUUUUAUAGAAAAACUUAGAUCUCGAAUCUCAA